AUGGAUCCUAAUCUUAGUGAUGCUGCUAGUACUGAUUCUAAUGAUAGUCUAAGUGAGGGAGAUUCAACUGCAGCUUUCGCUCAUAGUCAAAUUAAAGAUGCAGUUGUUUCAAUACCAAAAAAUCCAUUAUAUGAUGAUUCGAAUUUACGUAGUGCCAUUCAAAAUCCAUCUGGAGAUAUCAAAUUAGAUUCAGCUAAAUCAACAAAUGUUCUUCAUAAAAAGUCGUUAAGUUUUUUUCAGUUAGUUAUCAUUAUUAUUUCUAUCCUUCGCUUUGCGAGAGCUCGCUCUCCUAAAUUGAAAGCUAAGCAUAAAGAGAGAGUUAAGUUGCAGAAUAAAUGGGAUAAUAGGGAUAAAAAGAUGAAAGGUGAUCGGGAAAAAAUGCAGAAAAAAUGGGAUGAAAGGAAACAAAAAGAAAAUAGAGAAAAGGAAGAGUUAAAUAAAAAAGAAGAGGAAAGAAAAAAAAAGACAAAUAAUGAGAUGAAAGAAUUUAAUAUGAAAUGGAAUGGAGAAAAAGAAAGAGUAAAUGAUUCUGAAGAUAAAUCCUUGCAAAUUUUGAAUUCUUCUAGCGAAAGUAGAAAAAAUAUUGAGUCCUUGAAUAAACCAAGUACAAGCCAAGCAUGUAAUAUAACUGUUAAAAUAAAGGAAAAUAAUAAUAUGCCUUCGGAUAAUAAAGAAGAAAAAUUGAGAGAAAAAUCCUCCAAUAAAGUAUAUUCACAAAUUGAACUUGAACUUGAAAGAAAGAGAAUAGAAGCGUUCUAUAAACAAAUGUUUCAAAUAGAUGAGAAAUGGAAAAGAUAUGAAGAGGAAUGUAAAAUGAAGUAUGAAUGGGAAAAAGGAGAAAGAAAAAAAUUAGAAGAAAUUAGAAGAGAAAGAAAGAGAAAACACGAAGAAAAAAUGCUAAAAGAACAGGAAGAAUGGAAUAAGAGCAUGAGAGAAAAAAAAAAAGAGUGGGAAAAGAGAAUGCCAAAAGAAAAGGAAGAGUGGGAAAGGAGAAUGCCAAAAGAAGAGGAAUGGGGGGAAAAUACAGUGCUAAAAGAAAUGAUGGAUGAGUUGGAAAAUAGAAGGCGAAAAGAAUUGGAAGAGUUGGAAAAGAGAAUGCAAAAAGAAAAGGAAGAGUUGGAAAAGAGAAUACAAAAAGAAAAGGAAGAGUUGAAAAAGAAAUUUCAAGAAGAAAUAAAAGAAAAGGAAGAAGGGGGAAAUAGAAUGCUAAAAGAAACAAAAGAAAAGGAAGAGUGGGAAAAGGGAAUGCAAGAAGAAAAUGAAGAGUGGAAAAAUAUAUUCCAAAAAGAAAAGGAAAAGUGGGAAAAGAAAAUGCAAAAAGAAAAGGAAGAGUGGCAAAGAGAAGAAAAUAGGAAAGUUAAUGAAGAAGAAAGUAAGUUGCAAUCAAAGUGGAGAAAAGAACUUGAUAAGAUAAGAAAAAAAGAAAGUAACAAAAUAGAAAAAAUAUAA